AACAGAGCGAUUUUCUGUCCUUUUCCUCUGGUUUGCAAGUGAGUGUUGGGAGUUUGCCUGGGCCUGAAAGGAAACUUAUGAAUGUUCUGACUUUCUAGUGAAUUGUUUUCCUUUCUGUACUAAUAGAGAGCAAUACCUAUGACUCUCUCAUGUUUACUCUACUGGCUAAAGGGGGGCCUUCAGUCAUCUCCAGAUCUACAGCUGUUGAAAGCUGAUGGCGUUUUCAUAAGAUGAAGCAGCAAUAUGGGGAUGUUUCUACAAGGACAGUACUGUUAAUCUGCUCUGUCCUGUCCUGUCUUCUUGAUUUUGACCUGGGGAAAAGGAAUGCUGAGACUGAAGCAAGUAGGCAGAAUUCAGGGCCAGGAAAAGACUAAGAUGGGAAAUCUAUAGGGACUGGCCAAAGCCCAGAGCAUGGGCAGGAAAAGUAUUAUGGACCUAAGACGGUCAGAAAAUUACAAACUUAAACCUACAACUUUGUUUGCAAAUCUCACAUGGGAACUGCCUGACAAUUCUUUUUUGCACUUUUGGGAUUGGUACUGUUUACAAAUGGCUGUGGAUUAAGCCUCUGCAACUGGAUGAUGAGUUGGAGAAAAUGGAUGUUGUAGAGACAUUGUAAAGGAUUGGUGCUAUUUAUAAAUGUAGGAGUUGGUGCAGAGGAAUGCUGAAGAAUGGUAUGCUUACAGGUAAGCUCCUGAUCGAUCACACCUGACCUGAGCCCUCGUGCUGCUUUUGGUAUAGAAGGCUUUAGCUAUAUCACGAAAAUGAAACUCUGCAGAACUAGCUGAACUGCAAACAGCCCAAACCACAGUUGUCCAAUGUUGCUUCUACGUCGGGUAACUAACUCCCAGAAGACUCUCAUACAGGGGAUUUCUCCUUCUCUCAUCUUGCCUCCCUCUUCAGCAUCUUGUACAAGCCCUGCAGUUGCAAGGUACACUGCUGUCUCAUCUGUGAGGGGAUCAGAGCUUCCCUCCAAGGGGAUGGAUCCCCAGAGAGAGAGACCCAAGAAAAUGAACACAGAACAUCUGAUUGCUGACAGGCAAGAAGGAAUUGGUGUCUGUGGCUGGAUCCUGGUUUCCCUUUCAUUCCUCCUGGUGCUUAUUACCUUUCCUGUUUCCAUCUGGGCGUGUAUCAAGGUUGUCAGAGAAUAUGAACGCGCUGUUGUAUUCCGUCUGGGACGUAUACUGUCUAAGAAAGCAAAGGGACCAGGGCUGAUCCUUGUCCUUCCAUGUACAGAUACGUUUACCAAGGUUGAUCUUAGGACGGUUACCUGUAAGAUUCCUCCACAAGAGAUUCUCACAAGAGAUGCUGUUACUGCCCAGGUGGAUGGGGUGGUGCGCUACAGGAUCCACAGCGCUGUCAGUGCAGUUGCCAAUGUCACUGAUGUCCACUCUGCGACCUUGCUUCUGGCACAGACAACUCUCAGAAACGUUCUGGGCACACAGAGCUUGGCUCAGCUGCUGGCAGGUCGUGAGGACAUUGCACACAGCAUCCAGGCUACCCUUGACAGUGCCACGGAGCAGUGGGGAGUCACAGUGGCCCGUGUGGAGAUCAAAGACAUCCGGAUCCCCAUGGCCAUGCAGAGGGCAAUGGCAGCUGAAGCAGAGGCUGCUCGAGAGACAAAAGCUAAGGUUGUGGCAGCUGAAGGAGAAAGGAAUGCUUCCAAAGCUCUCCAGAAGGCCUCCAUGGUGCUGAGCGAGUCUCCAGCAGCUCUGCCACUGCGUUACCUGCAAACUUUAACAGCUGUGGCAGCACAGAAUAAUUCCACCAUUGUCUUCCCUCUCCCGAUGAAUAUGUUUGGGAGUUUGGGGAAGAAAAGUACAGGGGGAUAGAGAC